AUGGGAUGCUGGGCAGCAAAUCAGAGGACUCUUUGUGUCGAAAGAAAGAGUGCGGUGAAUGAUUUUGGUGGACAUGUCCUGGCUCAAAGAAUGUCAGCCGUCUAUUAUACUGCUUCGAAAGGUUUCACUGCACACUCUGUGCAUUGUUAUUUUAUUAGAGGAGAACGAAGAUCGCCGAGUGGUGCCUUGUUCGUCGAUGCGGUCGCCAACGCAGAGGAUGUAGACAUCUUCCGAAGGGAGACACGUCUUGGAGCCAAAAACUUACAUUUCUUAGUGUUAGUGGUCGUUCCUGCAAGAGCCUUCACAGCGAUUGGUCGAGCUUUUGUUGAAAGACGACGACAAGUCAGAGCUUUCGUUGCGACAGGUGCUCUAGAAGCUGAGUUACGACGCGCAGUGGUCGUUCCUGGUGGACGAGAAGUCUUAGCUUUCGAUCCGGAAGAAGCUGUGGAAGAUGCGGUCGAAGCUGAUGUCGUUGGGACGUGUCUUGGUUUUGAAGAGCAUGACUGGGAGCGAGGACGAGAACGUUCCUUAGCUGGUUGA